GCUGUGCUCCAUUGUGACAAAUAAAACGCGAUUCUUGGCGAGUCGAAACUGUUUGCUUUGUGGGUGCUGAGACCCACUUCCCUGGCCUUCCUGCCUGUCACCUCCAUCAUUGGAUCAGGUGCCUUCGGCGCCCAGAGCUCAUUUGACAUCGCCUCAAAAACCAAGACAAAUCGAAACGCGCACCAUGCCAGACAAUGUAACAGAGCAGAGCCUCAUACCUGAGGAGUCUAGCCCUGUUACCGAUGAAGCAACCAAAAAGAAGAAAAAAACAUUCUCUUUUUGGAAAUCUGAUCCCACAUCUGUGACAAGUGACGCAAAAGAUGCCAGGGAGGAGAGAGGCCUCCUGAAGGACGGAAGCCUACUUGGGACAGAAAGCAUGGAGGACAUUUCGGCUUUACCUGGAGCUGGGACCAUGGGCGAGAUGUCCUGCUUGUCAGACCAGCCACUCUCUGAAGAGCAUUUGGAGGCAUUUAAGGCUGCUUACAGGCAUGUGAAGAGAUCACUUCCAGAUGAGCAGUCACCUGUACAGACCAGCUCACAGCAGAACAACACAGCCUGGAGUGACGAUGAUGAUGAGGCUUUCCAUAAGUUUCUUUCAGUCGUCACGGAUAAGCAAAAAUUCAAACUGUGUCUGAAAGGUGACCCUGAGGCUGAGCCUUACAUACACUGUUUUAGAACCCUUAACAGUAUUCUGAAUGCAGAUAACAUUCCCAGUUUUGCACCUGGGGAGCACAUGAGGUUUCAUAAAAGAAAAUCUCUGAAUGGAGUGCCCAACGAGGAGAACCACAAUCACGUGAUCACCUAUUAUGCCAAAGGAGCCCACCUGGUGGGACUGCAUUCCAGACAGCUGCUGAAGUACAUCCUGCCUGAUUGCACUGACGAUACGAGGAGCCCUUAUUCCAAGCGACCUUCCCUGAAUCCUACCUACAGGCCGCACAACAAAUACAUGUCAUCACCAAAGAUUCAGCAUAUAAAAUCCUCUAAAAGCAAGAAGACUUUGGAGAUAGAGGAUCGCAUUAGACAGCUAACAAUCAAACGGGAAGGGAUGAAGACUAAUGAAAUGGUCACACCUGUGAAAGUUAAGGUCCAUCUGAAGGUGAAGAACAGAGAGGAGCUGACCUAUGAUGACAUUAACCAGAUUAGACGCAAGGCUAAGGCGGGAGUGGAUUCAUACCUGGGCAGCCUGACACUCUGCAAGAGGUGCGACACGUUGCAGUCGUGGGGCUCCCUGCAGAACUUCUAUCCCACCCUGUCCAACAGCGCCAACUUCCCCGAGACCUUCAGCACCUACAGCUGGAGCUGGAGCGGCCGGAGGAACAUGGUGGAGAUCUCCGAGCUGGUGGAGAUUGUGGAGGCGGCCGCGGCCCCGCCCACCUCUACCUCCUCUGUGCCGCGCAAAUGA